CAGUUCAGCAGCAGCCACCCGAGAGCCUUGGUCCCCACUGCUGUCACAGCAGGUCGACUGGGCUGUCCAGCGGGAGCCAGCCAGAGAAAACGUCGUGGGCAGUGGGAUAGGCGCUACCCACCCAGGGCCCCCCAAUUGAAGCGCACCGUCUAGGCAGUCCACCUGCUACCGAGGGCACCGACCGCCUCCCUCAACGUUUGGAGCCUCCAGGCCCUGUGUCUAGGUCGUUUGGGAAAGCACCUUGGAGAGUCAAGAAUAAAAUUGCAGGUCAAACAAUGGAUGACUGGAAAACUCGGCUUGUAAUCAAGAGCAUGCUUCCCCAUAUCACCAUGGUGGGAAAUCGUCAGGAGCCCAGAAAGCUCCAGGAAUCGCCACAGGGAACCAUUAAGAGGAGACAGGAAGGAGACAACUUCCAGUUUCCAGGCAUGGCUGAUGGGGGUUACCCUAAUAAAAGCAAGAGGCUUUGCCUUGAAGAUGUCACCCUUUCUAUGGGCCCAGGUGCCCAUUCCAGCACGCCCUGUACAGAGCUGCAGGUUCCUCCAUUGACAAUGAACCCUAGCUCUUCAGCUAUGGGAGCAGCGGGCCAUUCAUUACUACUCGAAAAUAAUUCCAUGAAUGGCAGCAUAAUGGACUCACCAUUUGUGGUACCACCGAAUGCAGAAAUGGGACUCAAAGGGCCCACUGUUCCUUACUAUGACAAAACCAACAGCAUAAUGACUGUGGAGCAGGACCAGGAACUUCAAGAUCUGCUAGAGGAGCUAACAGAAAUUCAAGAUCCUUCUUCAAAUGAGCUAGAUCUUGAGAAGAUACUGGGGAGCAAGCCAGAAGAACCACCGGUCUUAGAUCACUCCCAGGUAACCCUGGGCACAACUCGCAAGCCUUUGGCUCAGAUGUCACACUUGGAGAGCCUUGGUUCCAGUAAGGAGUUUGCUUCUGGUUGCAGCCAGGUCACUGGUGUAUCACUUCAAAUCCCGCCCUCCUCUGCAGGGAUCAGCUAUGCUAUUCCCUCCACCAGUAAACAGAUGGUCACACCCAGUUCUGCAACAACACAGGCCAAGAGCCAGGUCCAGGCGAUGCUCCCCGUGGCUUUGCCCCCACUCCCGGUGCCUCAGUGGCAUCAUGCCCACCAGCUGAAGGUGUUGGCGGCCAGCAAGCAGGGAUCUGCUACGAAGCAGCAAGGGCCCACAUCCAAUUGGUCUGGCCUGACCUCUCCAGGCCUGUCCCCACCUUACCGCCCAGUGCCAUCGCCACACCCGCCACCACCUUUCAGCUCACAGAGCCUCAUGGUAUCCUGCAUGUCAUCCAGCAACCUGCCGGGGAGCACUCUCCAAGGCUCUCCCAAUGCCUUACUCUCAAACAUGGCAUCCAGCAGCAAUGCUGCCCUUGGGCCCACUAUGUCCUAUGCUCCUGAGAAGCUCCCCAGCCCAUCUCUCAAUCAGCAGCCACAAUUCAGCCCACAAAGCUCCAUUCUUGCCAACCUAGUGUCCUCUACCAUUAAAAGCCCUCAAGGCCACCUGAUGUCUGCUCUGCCCACCAGCAACCCAGGGCCCUCCCCACCCUACCGCCCAGAGAAGCUUUCCAGCCCAGGCUUGCCGCAGCAGUCCUUCACUCCACAGUGCUCCCUGAUCCGGAGCCUCACUCCUAGCAGUAAUCCACUAAGCCAGCAGCAACAGCACCAGCAAACAAAUGCCAUCUUCAAGCCCAUGGCCGCCAACUCACCCAAGACCCUGAGCAUGAUCAUGCAGCAGGGGCUGGUCAGCUCCAGACCAGGAGCCCCGGAGCCAUUUACUUUUGGCAACACCAAGCCCUUGUCACAUUUCGUUUCUGAGCCGGGCCCCCAGAAGAUGCCCUCCAUGCCUGCCACCUCUAGGCAGCCUUCUCUACUCCACUAUCUGCAGCAGCCUAUGCUGACGCAGGCCUCUUCUGCCACUGCCUCCUCCACCGCCACGGCCACUUUGCAGCUGCAGCAGCAGCAGCCUGACCGUUCUUCGUUCCUUCUGCAGCAGAUGAUGCAGCAGCCCCAGCGCUUUCAGCGAUCAGCAGCUUCAGAAUCCAUGCCUCCUCUGCCAAGACAGCAAGAGAAACAGAGAUCAGGUCUUAUGGCAAUGACCCCUGAACAGCAGAGUGCGUAUAUCGCCCAACAGAUGAAUCAAUUUCAAGCCGUCCAAGAACAAGUCACCUCCAAGUGUAGCCGGACCAAGGCAAGCCCCCCUUCCAACCAGCACAUGAUGCUACCCAGAGCUGAGCACCUUCAGAACAACCUGAGUCCAGGAAUGAUCCCACCCAGCCGGCACCAGAGUCAUGGAGGCAUGAUCUUACCGAUCCCAGGCAAAAAGCAAGGAAUUUUUAACUCCAGCCCCCUGUUUCCCAUAUCCUCAUGCUCAGGCCAGAACCCCCUGGGCAGCCUUGGCUCUGUCUGCCAAUAUACACAAAUGCCCAAGGCCUCCCCCUCAGGAGUGCUCCUGCCCAGGUUCUGUCCCAGCCCCCAGGGCAGCCAGCCCCUGAGUCCCCACCAGCUCAGACAGCCAAGUGUGCCAAGAAUGUCCACCUUGUUCAACAAUGCCACAUGGGUGGCAGCAGCAACUGCAAACCCAGCAGUCUCAAGGGAACCACUCCCCAGCCAAGUAGAUAAUAGCGCCCAGCAGCAAUUUAACAGCAACUCUAUCUUCGCAAAGGCACCUGUGAGAUUCUCCCCGAUAGCCCCAGCCUGUCCAUUGCAGCAGGCAGUUGUGCCUCCCAAUCAGGGGACCCCAGGAGACAGGCCUGGCCAGAAGGUCAAUGCUUCCCUGGCCAACCCCAGCUUCAGCCUCAGACAGAGCCCACAGCAGUGUCCUGUGCCUGUGCUGAACACCAAGUCCCUCCAUCAGGGCAUAGACAGCUUUGGUCCCAUGAGUCCCAUACAGGCCAUCGAGCCACCACCAAGCUAUGUGGCUGCUGCUGCUGCUGCCGCUGCUGCCUCUACUAUCACUGCUAGCCAGUCUCCAGGUCCAUUCAAUAGAAUGGGUCCCCUUACUGAGCUGCCACCCUAUGACUUUUUGCCCCAGCCCCACCCCCCAUUAAAUGAUCUGAUUUCACCACCUGACUGCAAUGAGGUGGAUUUCAUUGAAGCUCUCUUGAAAGGCUCCAGCACGAGCCCAGAUGAAGACUGGGUGUGUGACCUGAGGCUGAUCGAUGACAUUUUAGAAGAGCAGCAUGCUGCUGCCCAAAAUGCCGCAGCCCAGAAUGCUGGCCAAGUCACCCAGAAUAGCCAGGAUGGCAUCCCCAAAGUUGACAUCACUUUAGGGAGUGGUGUGAAUCCAUAGCAAAUUCACAACUGGCCCCAGACAGCCACACAAGUGUUUCCUCAUUACAAUCUGAGUGGCAUCAGCCCAUGCCCAUCCGUCUCUCUACCUAUAACAAAAUGGAAAGCUGGUGAUUUUUCAAAAUACCUGUACAUAUUUGAAAAUUUUGUAAAUGGUUUUCCUAAACAUUAAUGACAGAAGUAUUUAUACUUCCUUUUGUGACUUUGUAAAUAAAGUGACGGCUUUUGUUUCAGUACAAUUGUGUUGAUUAUGCAUUGUUUGUGUUUAUUAUACAUUGUUGCAAAUAUGCAGACUGUGUUGUUCGCUCCAAUGAUCUCUAAUAAGCCAGGUGUCUGAGUCGCUUAUGGUUUUGAUGCAACAGAUGAUGUGGAUGUGACCAAGAGGUGUUGUACAAGCUAACAAAUGCCACAUAGAAAACCACUUGGCCAUUUAUUGCCAUUUUCACAGAAAAUGUCAUCUCCUGAUGUAAUUCUUGAUCUCUUUUUUGCAAACCUGUCAGUCUCUGCUAGCUCUUUCCUGAUAAGCACAUUACAGCAUAAGCUGCUUUUAUAGUAAGUGCCCUACAGAGGAAGUUUGCAAGGAGGCUGAGAGAGUUAUGUAGAUUUGGGAAAAGUGAAGAGAGAGAAUGUGAGUUGAACACUAUCUGAGCUGUCAACCUUGAGGAUCUAUAGUGUCCUCUCUUUAUCAUUCAGUCAAGAGAACCUCAGCUUUGCACCUCUCCAGAGACACCCUUGUAGGGUGAAGGUGAGGGGUUCCUGGUUUAAAGCCUUUCAGUACUUGUUUUGAUGUAAGGCUUUGUGGUUGGGGAGGUGGGGAGUCUGUAAACAUUAAUACUUGAUUUUUGGUUUGUCAUUGAUGGUUUCUAUCUGCAAUUAUCGUCAUGUAUAUUUCAGUGUCUGUUACAGAAAACCAACGCCCACUGUCCUGUAAACUUUUCUCAGUGUUCAGACUCUAUGUAAUCACAUUUUAAUUGCCACCUCGUAUUUUGCCUCUUCGUUUGAAAACUGUCAUCUCUUUCAAGCCAAAACCUGUUUGUUUUUUUCCCUUUCUUCUAUAAUAAACAGCCAGGAGAAAAGUG